GCUUGAUUAGACGUGCCUUGCGACUUCCAAAAAAAAAUAAUAGCGGUGGUCAGUGAAUAAAAAAAGUAUUUCAUUAGUAAAAGAAAUUCUCAGUUAAAAUUCCAGUAAAACUUAAUUAAAUUUUAAAUAAAAUAAAAAAAGAACAAAACUAAGAAUGAAAUUCCAAUUACUAUUUGCACUUUUUGCAAUCUGCGUAACCCUUGCCUAUACUCUACCCGUUCCUGACGAUGACACUGCAAAUAAUGCUGCUGCAGCAACAGAAUCAUCGCACUCAGACGAACAUCACGACAAUGAUGAUGAGAAUAAGCGUCAAAAGAAAUCAGAUGAACCAGCAGUAACUGAUGCCUCAUCCGACGAUGACAGCAAUUCAACAGAAUCGACAUCCGAUGCACCAAAACCAGAAGAUCAUGAUGAGAAUAAACAUGAGGAACAAGAGCGCUCUGCACGCGACACUGAACAUGAUCAUGAACAUCAUGAAGAGACAACAGAUGCUUCAAAGUCAGACAGUCACAGCGAUGAAGUUACAACUGAACAUGAACGAUCAGCUCGCAAUGCUGAUCAUGAAAGCCAUGAACACCACGACGACACUACUGAUGCACCAAAACCAGAAAACCAAAAUGACGACAACCAUGCAGAACAAGAACGUACAGCACGUCAAACACAACAAUCUGAUUCACAUAGCAAUAGUGAGCAAACAAGCGAGGAACAAGGACGCUCAGCACGUGAUGCUCAUCACACUGAAGAUCAUCAUGAAAACCACGAAGAAACCACAGAAGCAACAAAAGCUAGCGACGAAAACAACGGCGAAAGACAAGCACGUCAUGCUGAAAACUCACACGAAGAAAAGUCAGAUGAAAAAUCAUCAGAAGAAAGUACAACAGCAAAAGCAGCUGACGAUAGUCACUCAAAGGAAAGUGAAGAGAAGAAUUAAGACAUUAAAAACAAUCUUAUAAGCUUUGAAUGAUGCUCAUCGAACUUCUUUUCUUAUUGCCUUAAAUUUCGAAACUCACAUUAUUAAUUUAAUUGAAGAAUGUCCACAUAGGAUUACUUUUUGGGCUUGUUCUGUAAUUAAAAUUUCAUUUCAUGUUUUGUAAAUUAGACUGAAUACUAAUUGAGGAAUAAAGUUUAAGCACGGAUGCUUAAUAUGAUGAUGAA